AAGCGAACUCAUCAAUAGCCGGGUCCACACCGGACGAUCCAUCGCGCUCCGAUCGCGCGCGGCAGCAGCGCGAUCCAAAGAUGCAGGCGGUGUGGACGUGCCGCGCGCGAUCCAUGCGCACGUAUUGGAGCGCGCGCUCCCUACCUCGCGCGAUCCGUGUGCGGUCGGUUUUUGUGCCAGCCUCAAAGGUGCCUCAGUUGCGUGAUGCGCGCGGUGUGGACGGUUGUGUUGGUUCGCGCGAUCCACCUCGCCAUGAACAUCUCAGAAAGUCGCCGUUUGAUAUCGCUUUAUAAAGAAUUUAAAUGUUUAUGGGAUCCCAAAGAUUCUAAUUACACCAAUAGAGGUGUUAGAGAUGAUGCUUGGCGUCAGAUUUCUUGUGAAAUGGGGAAUAAGUCGAUCGAGAACCUAAAGAAAAAAAUGCGAUCUCUGGCGGGAGGCUACAGAAGGGAGAAACACAGAGAGAAGCAAAGCCGUAUAACUGGAUCCGGUGCUCAAGAUACAUAUAAAUCAAAGUGGUUUGCGUAUGAUGACUUCGACUUUAUGGCGGAUAAAAAUGAACCCGGAACCACACGCGAUACAUUGGAACAUGUAGAAUCUGAUACGACUGAAGGGGAACUUGAAGUUAAUACUACAGUGAGCGAAAACGAGAACAGUAACAUUACUAGUGACACACAACCGGAGAGAGCCAACCACCACACAGAUCAGAGUAGAGAGCAGAAUGAUCAGAAUGCACAAUCCAGUGUCCAAACAACAAACAAAAGAACAAAAAAAAGAAAGAAAACUACUUCUAAUAAUGCAGAUGACAUAUCAGAUGAAACUCUUUCAGAGGCUUUCCAACUUCUGCAACAAUGUGCUCAGCCACCACAACCGGAAACUGAUUCUUACAUUGCUUUCGGGCAGUAUAUAUCUACUGAAUUGCGGAAAUAUGAUGCAGUAACAUUAGUUAAUGUCAAAAAUGCUAUAUGCCAAGUUAUUUUUCAAGCUGACACAGGAAGAUAUGGGGAUAGCAAUUAUGGAUAUUACACUAAUUCAUAUCCUGGCACACCAAUAGCAUCCACUUCAUCACAGUCCCAGUCUCUACAACCUCAAAAUUAUCCAGCUCCAAUUCCACAGACAUCACCGUCUGCUCAUCUAGCCUCCAAUUCAUCGCAGUCCCAGUUUCUGAAACCUCAGGAUUAUUCACUUCCACAGUCACCACCGAAUUAAAUAAGUACCUAACUAUAUCAUGUUUUCAAAAAAUAAUUAAUAAUUGUAAACAUGUUACUUCUUUAAAUUAUGAUUGUAAUACACUACUUUUUUAUUGAGUAAUAAAGUAUGGUUUUACUUACCUUUA